AUGGGAGGAGUUGAUAUGAGCCGCGAUUACUACGCGGACCUGGAGCUCUCAGCGGACGCUGACACCAACGAGAUCAAGAAGCAGUUCCGAAAGCUUGCACUCAAGUACCACCCCGAUCGUAAUCCAGGACGCGAGGCCGAAGUCAACUCCAGAUUCCAGAUCAUCCAGUCGGCCCACGAGGUUCUUACCGAUCCCCAGCAGAGAGCCAAAUAUGAUGCUGGACGGACACGAUCAAGAUAUCCCACGGCCUCUGGGGUGAGAGGCAACCCCUGGCAGAACGCGGGUGCUAACUUCCCACCCCCUCCUCGCCGUAACGCAACGACUCGUAACCCUCCGCCGCCUCCCCCAGCUUCGGGUGCGAGCAGAUAUCGCAACUUUGCGUCGGGUGCCGCCCCUACGGCUAAAGCACAGCAAUCAAGAGACGACCCUGAAGCGAAGCGCAACGCGUGGCAUGCGUUCGAGAACAUGAAGGGCGGUCGCGCCAGCCAGUCCCAGCCAAGACCCCAGCCUGAGACUCCGAAGCGACCGGUACCGCGAACUCCUUCCCAGAAACAGAGAGCCGAGGCUUCAUUUGGACGCAAGGGUGGCUACACUCCUCACUCCCCAGUGCCUGGAGAUGAGCCCUCGGUAAACACAUCCAACUACUCCACCUCUUCCCGGCACACAAACAUCUUCGCAGACAAUGCCCGCAGACAACAAGAGGCAGGCGUACCGGAUCCUCUCGCCCAGUUUCGCGAGGCAUACUCGGAUACUCGCCAAAGCACUCCGUACACUUCCAAUGGCGGAGAGAAGACCAACCCUUUUGACGGAAUCCCCAUAGGACGGGCCAAGAGCACUCGUGAGAGCCCUCGACCACCUCAGGAGGGCCAUGGCUCCAAUCUUUCACCGGGCAGUGCUCGAACACGCGCCCAGAGUGUCCCACGCGAGGCGAAGACUGAACCCUCGAGCCCGAGGACAUCCACGUCGACGCCGCAGGACGACCGCCCAAACUCAUCAAGCGCCACCGCGUCCCGUACCCCUAAAGACCCCUUCAGAUCCCGCGCAAGCGCAAGAUAUACGCCGCCAGACACUGCCGCGGGUCAUCCUCCUGAUAACAGUCAGCCCAAGUCAGCGGCUUCGCAUAACCCCAACGGAACUGGUCACAGCCAGGCAACAGAAACGCCCAAAGGAUCCUCAAUCGACGCCAAGGUGUUCGAGUCGCCGUCUCCUAGUGGAGACAGCUCGGGAAGUCAAUUGCUCACGCCUUUCGAACGGAAGCAGGGUGAACUUUUGAGCAAGCUUGUCAAGAGGCAGGCCCCCGAUCUGACGCCGCUCGGGCGUCACAAGCGCCAUACUACUGCCCCUGACCAUGACAAUGGUGUGAACACUGCUGACAAGAGAACCAACGAUAGCUUCAACUUCCCGAUCGACGACGACACUUUCGCCCGCACCGUGCCGCGGCAGCCGACGUUCGGCCGAAAGAGCACCGAUGGUAUCAACACUAGUUUUGUUAACGGCGAUGGCUCCGAGGCCUACACAUUCAGUGCUGGCAGCCCCAUCCAGGAUCCAGCUGCUAAUGUUCGCUCGCAGUCUGGAAGUCGUGUAGGCCGCCGAUCGCCGAUCAAACGUCCGAGCUUGAGACAUCAGAAAGACAAUUCUGGUCAGCCGUUGGGUUCACCUUCGGCUGAUGGCAAAUUUGACGCUCAGGACUGGACACAGAAGAUUGGAGCGCAGAACUUCGUGCCGACACAGUCCGCGUCGACAUCCCCGACUCGUAUCUCGCGGGCGAAUUCCAGGAAGACCAGGGUCAAGCCAACAGCAGGUGGCGGCGCCGGUUUAGUGAGUGACGAAUAUGACAGCGAUGAGGAGAGUGAGUGGCGUGGUCGCAAAUCAACCACCGAGCCAGUUGGGGCGAAAAGCCCGAAUGCGAUGGACAUUGACCCCCCACAGAGCGGGGAUGCACCGCGAAGAGACCGCUCUAGCGGUGUGAGGAACAUUCCCGUCGAACCAUCUCGCCCGGAAUGGAGGCCUGGAAAUGUGAAUGGAAUGCAGGAGACCGGUCCCAAGCUCCCGCGUAAGGAGCCAGAGUUCAAUCCCAAUGCUGCCGGUUCGGAGGACAGCGAAGAAUUUAGGGCCAGCCUCGCUGACCUCAAGAAUGUGGCGCCCUUUACACAAAACUCUGGCCUGGGUUCUCUGGGCGACCUCAAAAUGAACCUUCCUUUCGAGAGUCAGCCUUCAAGCCGAGCACCGAUCGAGAAAGAGACGAAGCCGCCUCUCGACUUUCCAGUGAUUCCCCAGGCACCUCGACCUCCGCCGACAUUCGCAGUCGGCCUCAAGCCCACGGGCGGUGCCUGGCAAAAGUACACGCGGGACUUUGAGAGCUAUGUCCUGAGAUGGGAGAUCUUCAACGCUCAAGUCAUCGAGCACUUCAAUGCACGCAAGGCGAACAUUGCCGAUCUUCGGGCUCGAAAGAGCUAUUCUUUCCUCGUCUCUCGCGGCGACGAUGAGAUUCUGGAGUAUCUGGAAUGGAUGGCACAGGAUAAGGAGGUUCGAAGAAAGUGGGCUGUUGCCUGUGAGGACCACGAAGCCCGCAUUCGGGAGUUUAUGGUGUACAAAGGCAAGAUGGCAGCGUAA